AUGUGGUUCCAUGUUUCAGUUAACACAUGCCAGGAGGGCAGUUCCAUGUGUCGCAGUAUCAAGAAAUGUGUGGCCGAUGCGAGGCGCUGUGACGGAUACGACGACUGUGGCGACAACUCUGAUGAAGAGAACUGUGAUGAUGACCAGACAUGGUUCAUCGAUUGUGGUACCAGCACCUAUGGCUGCUGUCCAGAUGAUAGGGUCACACCUGCCGCUGGCCCACACAACUAUGGUUGUGAGGGUAAUGGGUGUGAGAGGUCGGCCUACGGCUGCUGUCCAGAUCGCAAGACCAAGGCAACAGGCCCCAAUAAUCAGGGCUGUUCAUCCUCUCAUGGGUCUUUUGAUCCAGCAUCAUGUGGCCUGCCAGAAGAAAAGGGGGAGUGUUCCAUCUACUCCGCACAGUGGUACUUCAGUAUGGAGAUGGGCACAUGCUCACAGUUCUGGUAUGGUGGAUGGGCAACAUGCUCAACCAGAGUGUUCUGUGUUCAUGUUAAAACCCCAGACUCCUGUCGACUGCCCAAGGCCAAGGGGCCCUGUAAAGCCAGAAAGCCAAGUUACUACUUCCACCACCAGAGUGGGGAGUGCAAGAAGUUUACUUAUGGUGGUUGCCGUGGAAAUUCUAACCGAUUUCACACAAAGGCUGAAUGUGAAAGGAAAUGUUCGGACUCCACCUACAUUGAUUCAGAAGAUGAUGAUGGACCAACAAAGUCCCUGUGCCAGUCAUCUCGCUAUGGAUGCUGUCCAGACGGCCGAACUCCCGCUAGUGGAGCCAACAAAGCUGGCUGUCCAGCUUCAUGCCAGUCAUCACAGUAUGGAUGUUGUGACGAUGGAGUCACUGAAGCUCAAGGCCCCAGCAUGUAUGGAUGUGAAGUAGGGUCUGGCAAAGAACCUUGUGAGAACACACAAUAUGGCUGCUGUUCUGAUGGUGUUACCAUGGCAACAGGAUACAACCAGGAGGGUUGUGAUGAGGACGUCGUCAUAGGGGAGGAAAAUACCAAGGUCUUUGCAGGUAAACCUAACCAACCUAACCCUUGCUCACAAGACAAAGACUCAAAUCGAUGCAAAGACUUUGUGGUCAAGUGGUACUGGGACAGGGAGAAUAAGCGCUGUGAUAGAUUCUGGUUCGGUGGCUGUGAGGGCAGCAUGAACAGAUUUGACAGUGAGGAUGAGUGUUUGGGACGCUGCAGAGAUGCAGACAAAACCACAUCCGUUGAAGUUAACAAGUGUCAACAACCCAGGGUCAAGGGUUCGUGUUUUGCUGAGCUGACACGCUGGUACUUCGACACGUACAGUCAGCGCUGCAUGGCCUUCCUCUACGGGGGCUGCGGGGGCAAUGAUAACAACUUCAUGUCGGAACGAGACUGUCAGAGACACUGUGGGGGGAGAGUUGCAACACCUUCACCAACUGCUGCACCUCCACCAACAACGACUACAGAGAGUCCAGGAGUGAAGCCAGAGAAGAGCUCAAUGCUGAUGACCGGUCAGGACUAUGUGAAAGUUGGCCGCCACAUCCGUAUCAAGUGUGAUGCUACAACAAUGAGCUCAGGCUCUUCACGUUUCAUUGAGUGGUUCAAAAAUGGACACCGUAUGAAUGCCAGCGCCAGUCCACGAACGGGCAUCACUCUGUCCUUGAAAGGCUACAUGAUGGUCAGUGAGAUGACCAUAAAGAAUGCUAAAAAGUCUGACUCCGGGAUGUUCUACUGUCGCAGUCGGCCAGAUGGGAUUGUCAAAAGCAUGGCUGUCAAAGUUGUAGAUGCCUCAUUUGGUGUGACAGCGUCUCCAAGGACAACUACAACUACAACUACAACCGACUACCCUGACGAAUACUUCACCACUCCAUCCCCCAGGCCAUCACAACCCAGAGAUGUGUGUUUCCAGGAGGUGAAGCCAGGCCAGUGUUAUGGCAGCAUACCCAAGUGGUACUACGACUACAAAACUGGGGUGUGUCGGGAGUUCUCGUAUGGCGGCUGUCGCGGCAAUGAGAAUAACUUCAACACCAAGCAGCAAUGUGACACAUUUUGCAGAUCGCAGGACAUCUGUAUACUCCCCUACGAAACAGGACCAUGUAGAGCACUGAUUGCACGAUGGGCCUACGACAGUUCCACUAAUGAGUGUCGAGAGUUCACUUAUGGAGGCUGUUCAGGUAACCCCAAUAACUUUGAAUCCAAGGAGAGCUGUGAGCGCAGAUGUAGGUCCAACAGACCUGACACCAACAUGGGCAAUGACGUCUGCAUCCUCCCUCGUGCAGGGGGCACCUGUGACGGCUAUGAAAUCCUGUGGUACUAUGACUCCGACAGAUCAAAAUGUCAUAGGUUCAUCUACACAGGCUGUGCUGGCAAUGGCAAUAGGUUCAGGACCGAGGUGGAGUGCAAGGCCACCUGUGUGGAGAGGACUAGAACUGCAGCUCCAGCUGUACACACGACCACGACAACUCCUUCACCCAGAGUCAAAGCGUCAGCUCUGUGUGACCUACGACCAGAUAGUGCUCGCUGUGACAAUAGUAACGAUCCCUCAGAUUAUGAAAUCAAGUGGUACCAUGAUUCAGAGAGAGGUGUUUGCACUCGCUUUUAUUAUGGUGGGUGUGGCGGAAAUGAAAACCGCUUUGACAAUCGUCAGGACUGCCAAUCUCGGUGUGUCUAUGGAAGACAAGUGAAGACCACAGCAUAUCCUGUGGUGUUGACAACCGCUGCCCCUCUCCACUGCAGACAUUCACAGCAUGGUUGCUGUCAAGAUGGCUACACCACAGCAGAUGACGAGUACCACAGCAACUGUGAUGAUGGACCAAAUGUUAUUGAGCGACGUAAGGGAGAGGACUAUGAAAUUCUAGUGCGCCCUGAUAAGGAUGUUGUGAUCAAUUGCCGGAUACAUCGCACAGAUCAAGACAUUGUCACGUGGCUCAGAGACAGGUUUGUGGUUCAGACGGGCUACAGGUUCACCCUGUUCAACAAUGGUUCCCUGUGGAUCAAGAACAUCAAACAAGAGGACACUGGAUUAUACAGCUGCCAGGUUGCCCGAGGAAAUGAUGUACCACAGAUUGAAAGAUACAAUGUGCAAGUCCGAGUACCUCUGCGGAUCCUGCCAUCUCCAAAGGUCAUUAAGAUACGUCCCGGGGACAAUGCCUUCCUCCACUGCCAGGUGUUUGGUCAACCAACACCUACCAUCACGUGGUUGAAGAACGGUCGCCCUGUGAUGAGCACUGGCCACUUCAGGGCCUUUGACAAUGGCACACUGAUCAUCAUGCAGACUCAGGACUACGAUGGAGGCCAGUAUGAGUGCCAGGCAGAGAAUGGGGUUUCCUCCAUGGUAAAGAAAGAAGUACAACUCAUAAUAAGAGAACGUGUUAGAGCCAAACUGGAUCCGUACAAAGGAAAGGUGAUGGAGGGAGGAACUGUCCGAUCACGAUGUACAGGAAGUGGCCAUCCCAGACCCACUAUUCACUGGGAGAGGGAUGGAAAGGAACUUACUAACGACGAUAGAAUUUCAAUAAGUGGUCGACAGUUGAUAAUACGUAAAGCUACUAUUGACGAUUCUGGAAUAUAUACAUGUGUGGUGAAAAACUCUCGAGAGGAGGCAAAAGCUGUCACCAUAGUACAAGUUGUAAUGCAGCAAUCUGGAGUUUGUGAAGAUAAACUUCCAAUGAUGAAGUGCAAGAUGAUCCGGACAGCUAGAUUGUGUGGACAUAGAAAAUUCUCUAAAAUGUGUUGUGCAUCCUGCAAACAUCAGCGUUUCCGCUGAGUUUUGUAGAUGACACUAGAGUUAGAUGACACUCUUCAAUGGAACAUGCACGACAUGAAGCUGUUACCACCACAAGAUGGCCGACAACACUAACUGGUGCUGAGAUGUGCAGCCACAAUUUGCCCUGAUGAUUAUAAGUGGUGGUUUGUUCAUACGCGUAGCUAAUAUCUUUACACCUUAAGUGUAAUGUGUCAAGUCUUCUUAAGAAACAACAUAAUAAAUUGAGACUAUUGGCUUGUACAGAAUCUGAGUGUUUAUAAUGAACUGAAUACAGAAUGUAAAUCUUUCAACUCUUAUUACUAGCAGUGAAGACUGAUUUGUAAUAUACUACAUCAAAGAAGUUAAAGAACAUGCACGUUUUUCUUGACUGUAGUUAUUUAGUCGUAUCAUGACACAUAACUAUAGUAACAUGAAAAAUCAGGGGUUCUGUUACUUCAUCUUUGUAACUGUUUGCUGAAUUUGUGUUUUUCUCAGUGUACAAUUCAGCGAUGACAGCAUGAAUGUGUGGCAAGAAAACGAAAGCCUGAAGAUAUGCAUCCUCCCAGUAAAUGAAUUGAUGUUUUUAGAUUUGACAAGAUAACAGAUUGCAAUAUUGUAGUCGUUUCUUUCGGACUGGCCUCCUCAGGAAUUCUCUCUUCAAAACACCUCAUCAGCUUAGCUUUCUAUGCUCUGCGAUUGUUUGAAACAUAAUAUGUAUGUGAUGACUUUUUCCCCUUCUGUUUUCUGAGUAGUCCAUUGUUUUCCCACACAAUGGGACGUGUCGCUAGAGAAGUGUAUGCAGCCCCUCACUGACAAACCCAGGCAUAUGCUGGUGCUAGAACCCAUUUUGUAACGUGUACAUCAGAUAUAGAUAACUGCCAUGGUUACUUACAUGACUGCAUUUAACCUCAUACAGACACCUGUCUAGCAACCAUCCAGGACAACAUGCAUCCAUACUACUUCCUAAAAGUUAAGGACCAUUUGAUUCCUUCAAUUAACUGGGUAGCCUUGUGGUUAGAGCAUUUGACUGUUAUGCUGAAGAUGUGGGUUUGAUUCCCAGCAAGGGUAAAAAGUGUGAAGACCUGGUGUCCCGUCGUGAUUUUGCUAAAUUGGUAUAAAACCACACUCACUCAUAUUUCUGUGGUUAAUCUAUCAUCAUGAAUAUGUGUGCCAUGCCUGAUUUAACUUUAGUAAUAGGAAAGAUUUGGUGGUCAUAACUUUGUUUUAGUAGGAUAUACAACCUUUUCAUGUGUCAGGGAAUAUGGAUCAUAUUGUAUAAUGUAGCCGACCCAAACAAAGUGGAUCCUUGUCCAGGGAGAUUGUUAUACAGGGAGCUGUCAUUGUAUAGCAUUUUACCGCUAUCAUCACAAAGUCUAGGUACUACAGCGCUGACAAGUAGAUACUACAUAUGCUGCAAAUAUUUUGACAGAGAAUCUAACAUUAUAAUCUUUUAAAAUUGCUCAUUUAAAUAUCUCUUGCUUUUUUAGAGCACCAAAGUUAGUUGCUUAUAUGGGAAUUCAACAAAGGCUACCUAUUAGCCUUAUGCAUUAGACAUUGAGGGAGCAACCAUUUCAUGUUCAGGUGGUUGGGGGAGGAGACAGGUUUAGGUUUUGAGGUAAGCAUUUGAAUGUUCAAUUCAGUUAUUCUUUUUUCUGCAACAUAAAUAAAAAGGACAAACAUAUUAUUCGGACACAUUAAUAUUGUCUUCUGUUCAGCAGAUCUUAAGAGUUUAGAAGAAGAGGGCAGAUCUUAGAGUUUAGAAGAAAAGGCGGGUAUUAGAGUUUAGAAGAAGAGGGCAAAUCAAUUUUAUUCAAAAAUAAAAUGGUUGCUCCCUUACUUCAGUUGGCAAUUAGGAUAGCCAGUACCUGAAUGAUAUACCUGAAGGAUGAGACACCGCAUUAAAGAAGUGAAAUGCAUGUGUACAGUAUAAGUGUGUUUGUGUGUUAGCUCUUGAUGAACAAGCAGGCAGUGGACUGGAUGGUGUCUGAACAUUCACACUUCCAUCUGGUGAAUACAUUAUUAUAUCACACUUCUAUCUGGUGAAUACAUUAUUAAUAUUUGUAACAAUCCUGAAUAAGCAUGCUAACCCCUAAAUAAUUUACAUAUUUACAACACCAAAGAUGUUCACAAAUUGUACAUGUAGUUCGACAGCCAUAAGUUAUAAUAUAUGACUGUUGCAUCAUUGCUCCGAAGAUCGUUAUUGUUUAUCCAAGACAUACAAGUCAAGGUAUAUAAAAAAACCAUAUUCUUAUAUAGUGUGAACGUCAGCACCAUCAAAUCAUGUUCACAAUUAGCUGUCAAUAUGUUUUCUAACAAGUUAAAAUUUGAGAGUUACAUUUAAAACUUAACCCAUUUGUGUUUAAUUCAAGGGGAAAUGGAACAGAAUUCUUACAUAUUUUGAAAAUUUCCAAAUUAGUUACAAGACUGAUCCACUACACUGGACAAAUGAUUUUGUUUGAAAGUUUGGCUCCAAUCAAUACUAAAUGAAAUAUCUAUUCCAUUACCACAAAGUCAGUCCAGUACUUCAGAGAGCAGGGUGGACAUUUUGCAUGCAUGUGUCAGUGACAGUUGUACACUUACAGCUACAGUGUACUGAGUGCGGAAGUAGUUCUGUUUAUUUUGAAACAAGCUGUAUUUAUACUGUUUUUACUCACUUUAUAUAUAGAUGUUGGUCUCUUAGAUAUGUUGUCGCUGCAAUUAAAUAUCUUCCAUUUCUUA